UUAAAGCAGGGUCACCCCCUCCCCCAGCGCAUCCAAUCUCCAUGACUACACCAUCCAGUCUCUCACCCACCCUCAGGCCCUGACCCCAAACCCUCACUUCCCUUUUGCAUCUGCUCUUUACCACUAAGUUUAUGCAUCCAAUGCGCUCUAUAUGGAGUUGAAGAAGGAGAAGAUAGUGAGGUUUUAUUCUGAUGAAAAUCAACAUCAAGAAUGGGGGAAAAAUGAUCCAUUACUCCUAGGAAAGUCAUCUUCUAUAGACAAGGUUUCAUCUUCCUUCUUGAAACCACAUAAUGCGGUCAGGAGCAGAAAUAAGAUACCUGAAACCCUUAAAUUUGGGAGGUCCAAGGUGUUUCCAGAAGACCAUGAGCCAUGGCGCAAGCAAAUACUUGACCCAGGUAGUGAGCUAGUCUUACAAUGGAAUCGAGUCUUCAUUGUCUCGUGCUUGGUGGCACUUUUUGUUGAUCCAUUGUAUUUUUAUUUGCCUGCCGUGGGAGGGAAUGAGGGCUCUUGGUGUAUCAAGACAGACUUGAAUUUGCGAAUUGUGGUUACAUGUUUUCGGACUAUUGCCGAUUUUUUCUAUCUGUUGCACAUGAUUAUAAAGUUCAGGACAGCUUAUGUUGCCCCAAGCUCUCGGGUGUUUGGGAGGGGUGAACUUGUGAUGGAUCCCAAGAAAAUCGCCCAGAGGUAUAUUAGGUCUGAUUUCUUCAUUGAUUUGGUUGCAACAUUGCCUCUCCCUCAGAUUGUCAUCUGGUUCAUUAUACCAGCUACGAGAAGCCCACAAACUGAUCAUAACAACAAUGCCCUUGCGCUGAUUGUUCUGCUCCAAUAUGUUCCCAGAUUAUAUCUGAUUUUUCCAUUAAGUUCUCAAAUUAUUAAAGCAACUGGAGUGGUCACCAAGACUGCUUGGGCAGGGGCUGCAUAUAAUCUGCUAUUAUACAUGUUGGCAAGCCAUGUAUUAGGGGCAGCAUGGUAUUUGCUGUCGAUUGACCGGUAUAUGGCAUGCUGGAAAUCAGUCUGCAGAAAGGAAACUGGGCCUACAAAAUGUUUUCUUAAUUAUUUAGAUUGUGAUGCUUUCAACCAUGAUAAUCGCAAAUCUUGGGCAAAUAGUACAAAUGUAUUUAAGAGCUGUUAUCCUGAAAAUGAUAUCACUUUUAAGUAUGGCAUAUUUGAAAAUGCAGUGACAAAGAGGGUUGUCUCCUCGAACUUCCUAGAGAAGUACUUCUAUUGUUUGUGGUGGGGCUUACAAAACCUAAGUUCAUAUGGGCAGAACUUGUCAACAAGCACAUUUAUCGGGGAGACAUCAUUCGCCAUUCUCAUUGCCAUUUUGGGUCUCGUUUUAUUUGCCCACCUGAUUGGGAAUAUGCAGACAUACCUGCAAUCUAUCACUGUGCGGCUUGAGGAAUGGAGACUCAAGCGAAGAGACACUGAGGAAUGGAUGAGGCAUCGCCAACUCCCUGAAGAUUUGAGACAACGUGUUCGGCGUUUUGUUCAAUAUAAGUGGGUUGCAACUCGAGGAGUAGAUGAAGAAGCUAUUCUUCAUGGCUUACCUGCGGAUCUUCGUCGUGACAUUCAACGCCACCUAUGCUUGGACCUUGUUCGACGUGUUCCAUUCUUCUCUCAGAUGGAUGAUCAGCUACUUGAUGCAAUCUGUGAGCGUCUAACAUCAUCUUUAAGCACUGAAGGCACCUAUAUCGUCCGGGAGGGUGAUCCAGUGACAGAGAUGCUCUUUAUAAUUAGAGGAAGGCUGGAGAGUUCUACUACAAAUGGAGGCCGUACGGGUUUCUUUAAUUCAAUUACAUUGAGACCUGGUGAUUUUUGCGGGGAAGAGCUGCUUGAAUGGGCUUUGCUUCGAAAAUCUACCCUCAACUUACCUUCUUCUACUAGAACAGUGAGAACCCUCGUUGAAGUGGAAGCCUUUGCACUGCGAGCUGAAGAUCUCAAGUUUGUUGCCAACCAAUUUAGACGACUGCACAGCAAGAAGCUGCAGCACACUUUCCGGUUCUAUUCCCACCAUUGGAGGACAUGGGCAGCCUGCUUCAUACAGGCUGCUUGGCGUAGGUACAAGAGGAGGCUGAUGGCUAGAGAUCUCACCGUGAUGGAAUUCUUUUCUUGGGAUGAAAAAGUGAUCACUGAGACUGAACAAGAGAAAGAGGAUCAUGCCAGUUCAAAUCUUUCUCAACCUAAAGUGAACCUUGGGGUGACAAUGUUGGCUUCCAGGUUUGCUGCAAACACAAGGAGAGGGGCUCAGAAGAUCAAAGGUGUUGGUAUGUCUAAGUUACAGAAGCCUGAAGAACCUGACUUCACUGAGCCUGAUGAUGAUUAGUUUUUGGCAUCUGGCAAGAAAUGCAACAGCUUCGGCUUUCUCCAUGAAGGUGAAGCCCAUUUCAGGUGCACAUUAGAAGUGGGCACGGUACCCCCUGAUAAUACCUUAAAUGCCUGCUUAAUGCUCCAAAUAUGGGUGCCCAUUUCCUGGGUUUACAUCCUGCCAAUAGGCUGUAGGGGAAGGGGAAAUGCUAUGCAUCUUUUGAUUUCUAUAGUACUGGAUUAAAUUAUCAUGUGAAAUCUGAGGAUGAAGUUAUCAGAAUUGAGCAGAAUGAAAUCAUUGAUCUUAACUGUUGUAUGUAAGACCCUCCCAGUUGAUCUAUUAAGUAA